AUGCUCGACGAGCCAGAAGGAGAGACUGCCCCCAAAGAUGGCCCUCGCGACCUGCUCGAAGAGUUUGCCAUCGAGUCUCACUGCCUGGACGCGCCCAUGUCGAUGGAAGACCUGGAGCUUCUACGAGCAGACAUUGAGUCCGACAAGUCGCCUCGAGACUCAUUGUCCGACAUGGUCGAUACGUUUAACCUGCCCAACUAUGUCCGACCCCUGACGAGCCUCCCUCCCGACGACAUGGAGUUUCUGCACGCCGAGGGCGCCCUGACUCUGCCCGACAGUGCUCUCCAGAACGCGCUCCUCCGGGCGUUCUUCGAAUACGUGCAUCCGUAUGUGCCGACGCUGGAUCUCGAUGCUUUCUUGCACUCCAUAGAGACACCUGAUGGCUCCGCGGGACAAGUGAGCUUGUUGCUGCUGCAGGCGGUCCUCGCAGCUGGAACGGCACAUGUAGAGCUGCAUCACCUCCGGAAUGCCGGCUAUCAGACGCGGAAGCAGGCUCGCACGGCGUUCCUCAAACGAGUUCGACUCUUGUACAAGUACAACUGCGAGCUGGACCAGAUGGUCCUCACACAAUCGCUCCUCCUCAUCACCUCCUGGCAAGACGCCUCCGACGAGCACGGCAAGACGUGGUUCUGGAUCGACGCGGCCGUCUCGCACGCCUUCGCGGCCGGCCUGCACCUGGAGCCGUCCGUCAACAAGCCGAACCUGUCGAGGCGCAAGCAGCGGCUGCGGCGGCGCGUCUGGUGGUGCUGCUUCAUCCGCGACCGGCUGCUGUCGCUGGGCAUGAAGCGGCCGCCGCGGAUCAAGGACGGCGACUUCCAGGUGGCGAUGCUGGACGAGGCCGACUUCCAGCCGGAGCAGAUCCGCAGCGACGACGGCGACCACGCGCGCUUCGAGGCCGUCUGCGUCUACGUCCGGAGCCGCAAGAAGCGCGCCGAGCUGGCGAGGAUGUGCGUGGCGCAGGCGACGCUCUGCCGGUCCAUGAGCUUCCUGUCGAGCAGCAUGUACGUGGCGCCCCACGACAGCCUUGCUGUCCCGUCGUCGUCGUCCCAGGAGGCCGGGGCGACGAGGGCGAGGCCGAGGGCAGACGACGGCGGCGAGCAGAAGCUCUUCACGACGUACAUCCGCGACCUGCUCGAGUGGCGCGACGGGCUGCCGGAGGGCGUCUCGUACCGGCCCAUCUCGAGCAGCGACAUUGGCCGGGACGGCAACACGAGCAUCUCGCUGGACCGGGCGGUGCUGCACAUGAUUUACUACGCGGCGGUGCUGUGCCUGUACCGCUCGCGCUUCGUGGCGCUGCUUCAGCAGCAGCAGCAGCAGCAGCAGCACGGGGCGGGCGACUCGUCGUCGUCGUCGUGGUCCAUGGAGAAGGAGUUGUGCAAGACGUACAUGCAGCACUCGGCGAAGCGCAUCGGCGACAUCGCGAGGAACAUUUACGACCACGGGCUGGAUCGGCUGCUGCCCAGCAUGGCGGCCAACAUUGCCGUGUCCGCCGCGAGCGUGCACCUGCUCGAGCUCAGGGGCCAGCUGCAGGGCUGCGGGACGGAGCCGAGCUAUCGCCAGAGCAGGCGGCUGAUGCAGUCCAUGCACGACAUUUACGCGGGCGCUGAUUUGUCGAGGGAGUCGCUCAAGUGGCACGAGGAGGAGGAGCAACAGCAGCAGCAGGAGAGGAGAGAGAAGGAGGAGAAGGGGAUGAGCUGGAGUAGCCCCGGCGGAGAGGUAGCGGCUGAGACAGGGGGGAAGGAGGAGAAGGAGGAGGAGGACUAUCUCGUGGCUGACGCGGACUGGCUAAAGGACUUGGAGGCGGCGACGUGCUGGUAUGUGGCCGAGCCGUAUCGGGCGGACAGCUUCUUGCAGUAUCCGGGAGAGGGACUGGAUGUGGUGAAUGAGUUUUUUGCUUUCUAA